ACGGCUAAAACGCCGGCGAACACCACCACCACCACCACUACUACUACGGCCAACACAAACUCCACCACAGCCACUCCGCAGGAGCAGGAGCAGCAGCAGGAGGAAGAGAAGAAGAAGACAAAAGACGAGACAGAGAGCAGUGGAACCCACCUUGACACAGCAGAGGCACACAUCGACAAAUUCGACACCAAGGCCGCCGAGGCUGUGCAGGUCGCAGAUGACACCACCACCACGACCGCCAAGAAGGAUGACGAAAGCAGCUCCCCUGCCACCACCACCACACAAAUCAACCCAUCCGCGGAGGAGGAGGAGGAGCAGCGGCAGCAGCAGGACUCAUCGGUCGAGCAAAGUGUCGAAGACGAGACCAUCAAACAGGACACACCUGAGCAGCCUCUCGCCUCCGCUACUGCAUCCACCAGCCUGCCCACCACCCAUCAAGACGACCUCACCGGAGGCAUCGUCAUCGCCAGAGGGACCAACUACACCAAGGCUGCAGAGACAUCAUCGCGCAGAGCAGCGGACCGGGCACAGCAGGAGCCUUACGACACGGAAGGACUCUACACGGCAUGGCACUAUGAACAGGAGAUGCGGCAAAAGGCAUUGCAGGAGUGGCACGAACAGCAAGAGCUUGAGCGGAAGCAGCGCCAGUGGCAGGAGCAGCGACGACGGCAGCAAUGGGAGGAUUGGCACCGUCUCCAGCAAGAGGCCCGUCAGAAGAAGGCCGACGAGCAGGAACACCCGAGAUGGCCGCUCCCCGAGCAGCUGCACAGCUCCGACGACAACCGGACCGAGGCCGUCAACGAGGCGCUGCGGAGACGGGCGUCCGAGUAUGUGUCACAAGUCCGCGGCCGAGUCAAAGAGCUGAGAAAGUGUGGUCUCGUAGGACCAGACAGUCCAUGGACUACUUGCCCCGAGCAGAGGGCGCAUGCUCUCUUCGUCGAGACACGCAAUGUGCUCCGCGAAGAGUU